CGCGGCGUCGCGGUGGAUGACGCCGACAAAGCCGUGGUGGAAGCCAUCGCCGAGGCCGUCGAAUCCAUGGGCUGCGUGACGGCGGUGGAGGCCGUGGGCGAGGCCGUGGAGGGCGCUCUCGGCCGGUCCGUGGACCCUCGUCGACGUCCACCGCAGCCUCGACCGCUCAUCACUAACAUCACGGCCCAGGCUGACUUGUGGCGGUGCCUCGUCGGAUCCACCGUCGCCCAUUUGGGAGACCGCUACGGGAGUGACGUCAUCAAGACGUGGCGCUUCGAGACCUGGAACGAGCCCGACCUGCGCCAGUACGACACCUUCAACUGGACCGUGGACGGUUAUAUGGCGUACUUCAACGCCACAGUGCAGGGCCUGCGGGACGCGGAGAAGCGCCUCAACGUCUCCCUGCGCCUCGGGGGCCCCGCGGGGACCUUCAAGAGCCCCCGGAAGCACCCCAUCUGCUGGCACGUCCUGGAUCACUGCGAUCGCCUCACCGCCCGCAACCAGAGCUGCGGCCUGGACUUCAUCUCGUUCCACCGGAAGGGCAACGGCUCCUCUGAGGGCGUCGCCAACGGGACCAUGACGCUCCUGGGCCAGAUCCUGCGCCGCUUCCCCCACCUGCAGCGCCUGCCCUUCGCCAACGACGAGGCAGACCCGCUGACGGGGUGGUGGCGGCUGCGGGGGUGGCGGGGCGACCUCCGCUACGCCAACAUGAUCAUCCACGCCGUGGUGGACCUCCAGAACCAGUGGCGUCGCCACCAGGGGUGCGGUGCCCACGGCUGCCAUCCAAGGUGCCCGGGCCCGGGUCCGCGAUCCAGGGACGGCGUCCUGCACGUGGACGUCGUCGCGCACCACGCUGACUGCCUGCCGCGCCUGCCGCCGCUGGAGCUGCUGAGCAACGACAACGGCUUCCUGGAAACGACGGCCAGCCACUUCACGCAGCGCACCCUCCUGGCCAGCUUCCACCUCCCCGCGUCCGAGUCGAGGGGUUCCAGGGGCGCGCCCCCCGCGUUCCACAUGUUCCGGAAGCCCGCCAUGACGGCCAUGGCCCUGCUCGCCUUCAUGGAGGGCAGCCAGCUCCCCGUGCGGACCGACAUCCAGCCCCCCGUCGAGGCCGGCCUCCGUCUCAGCGUGCUGGCGGCCUUGUCGGCCUCGUCGGCCGACGUGGAGGGCGAGGGCGCGGUGGCCAGCCUGCUGGUCGCCUUCAGCAACGAGACGCAGCGCGCCGACGGCCAGGCCCCCGCGGCCGCCUUCACCGUGCACGUCGCGGACCUGCCGCUUGGCCCAGGCACGGGCGAUGUUGUCCUGGCGCGCGUGUGGGCGCUGCGGACGAGCCCCGCGGACCUGUGGUUGGCGGCGGGGGCGCCCCAGCGGCCGCCGGCGUCCCUGCGACGCGACAUAUUUUUGCCUACGUACAGGGGUAAAGCUUUGCCUUUUGCCUACCUUUCGGGCGGCUCUCUCGUGUCGCAGGUCCCCCGGCUGGAGCAGGCCCGCGAGUUCCGCGUGGGCAACGGCAGCGCCGACGUGACCCUCGAGUUCACCGUCCCCCUCGCAACCAACAGCAUGGUGCAGAUAUUCACACCACCCGCCAAACCACCUCGAAAAGUGAGCGGCCUGCGCGCCAGGAACGUCACCUACAACGAGGUGCUGCUGGUGUGGUCCGAUGUCGGCGCUGGCGGCGCUGGCGGCGCUGACGGCGCACAAAGCAGGCACGUCACCGCGUACGAGGUGGGCUUCCGUCCGAGCCCGGCCGCGCCCUUCAGGGUCAUCAGCCCGGCCUCGGCCGCCGUCGGCCAGCCCUGGAUGCUCUUCCCGGCCUUCCACUACGCGCCGGAGCCCGGCGCCGUCCCUCCAGGAUCCGCCCCAGGUCUCGAGCUGACGCGGGGGGAGUACCGCGUGGCGGCCGUCAACGUGUGGGGGCAGUCCGGGCCGCCGUCGUUCCUCGCUUACCCCUCGGCGGCGGCCUCGCCGGCCUCGGCCUGA